CAUAUCCCGACUUGCGUCAUUCGGGAAUCUUCUCUACUUUGGUCUUAAAUCAUAAUGAAUGAAAUAUCCCGGCCCUUACUUAACAUUCUCCUCUGAUAAUACUGUAGGACCGUUUCAACUUUUUACUACUUUUACAUCUUCAUAAAUGUCUAAUCAUUAAAUAUGUUAUUCAAGUACUUUAUGUUAUUACAAAGUGUUCAUAUUUACGUACAAGCCCGUGACGAAUUUGUAAACACUAAAAUAAGGACUGAAAAGGAGAAUUUAAAAUCGUCUAAUGAUAAGAAUAAUUUUAAUUAUACUGAACUUAACAAUUUAAGUAAUUUAAAUGCAACAUUAAAUUGGCCGAAUAAUUUAAUUAUAAGCCCAAAAUAUCAGGAAGGAAAGUGUGAGAUAUAUAAAGGAAAAAUAUGUUUAGAAUUUGUUAAAAAAAAUUUUGUUUUCAUUCCUGAUUCCAUGACACAAGACUCUUUGGAAAAUAAACUUGAACAAGCUUUCAGCGUUAUUAAAUUUUCAAAUGAAGUUUCAACUAAUUGUCAAGGAUAUGCAAAACCAUCUCUCUGUUAUUCUGUGUUUCCCAUUUGUCGUGAUAAGACGAUUGAUAGUGAGCAUCAAAAUUCUCGAAUUAGCAGUCGGUUAUUUAAUUUAUUAAACUCCAAUAAACAAAAAUUACAAGAUAAAUCUGAAAAAAUCGACAGUACAGAUGAAUUAAGAGAAUCUCCAAUUACAAUUGAAAUGUUUUCUUCGUCCGACAACAAAAUAAAUAAUUAUAAAGAUAAUUUACAUUCUCAAAACGAAAUUGUUUUAAGCCAUUCAAUGCAGUCAAAAACAAAUAAUUUAAAUACUAGAGUGCGUAGAAUUUGUCGUGAAGAAUGUGAAAUGUUAGAAAAUGAAUUAUGUCGUCAGGAGUAUGCAAUUGCAAAGCGUCAUCCGCAAAUUGGGCAGCAAGUUCCUUUGGUAGAAUGUUCGGAUUUACCUUUAAACGGUACAGAUGAAGCUGUUGACUGUUUAUCUUUAGGUAUUUCAACAGAAAUUCACAUUCAUAAAGAAGACAAUUGUUAUUGGGGUACUGGCCAAUCAUAUCGUGGAAUUGUAAAAACAAGCAUUUCUGGUCGCAUGUGUCUUAGAUGGUCACAUCAGUUUAAUCUUCAAAUAUCUGAUUAUUUGGAACUGGCUGGAAGUCAUUCUUAUUGUAGAAAUCCUGGUGGAAAAGAACUGCAUCCAUGGUGUUACGUUGAUGUAAAUAAACGAACACACAUUGAAUUUUGUAAAAUUCCAAAAUGUAUUGACAGUUUUUGGACUUACACCAUUAUUGGAUUCAUAAUAACGGGGGUGCUUGUAAUAAUAUCUUUUUACACUUAUUGCUACAAAAUUAAGAAUUCAUUAAGAUCGAUAGAUCAUUUACCAUCAAGCAAGAUGUUAACGAAUUUACAUUGUGAUAGAAAUAUUUAUAAUGGAUGUCAAAACACAACUCAAAUAGUAGAAAUGAAUUCUCUUUUGUCAGAACGAGAAAAUAUAACGUCAUGUACUGGGACACUUGGGAGUAAAAAUGUAAAAACUUGUGCUAAUUCAGUACCUCAAUUUUCAAUUACUAAUGUAAUGUUUUUACAAGAAUUGGGAGAAGGUGCAUUUGGAAAAGUUUACAAAGGAAAAUUACAGACUGAACAAUCAGCAGAUCCUAUUUAUGUAGCAGUCAAAACUUUAAAAGUAGAUGCAAGUUCAAAAACUCUAAAUGAUUUUAAAAGAGAAGUAGAUCUCAUGAUAGAUCUCAGGCAUCCUAAUAUUAUUUGUUUAUUAGGUGUGAUUUUAAAAGGAGAUCCUAUGUGCAUGCUUUUUGAAUAUAUGACUCAAGGAGAUUUACAUGAAUUUCUCAUUAGUCAAUCUCCAAAAUCCGAUACAUAUUUUAAUGACAAUAAAAAUGUGUUUAAACAAUCCGAGUUUUUGCAUGUUGCUCUUCAAAUUGCCGCAGGCAUGGAAUAUCUUGCUAAUAAUCAUUAUGUUCAUCGUGAUCUAGCAGCUAGAAAUUGUUUGGUUGGAGAUAAUUUGACGGUGAAAAUUUCCGAUUUUGGUUUAUCCCGAGAUAUAUAUAGCAGUGAUUACUAUAGAGUACAAUCGAAGAGCUUACUUCCUGUCCGAUGGAUGCCACCGGAAUCAAUUCUUUAUGGAAAAUUUACAACUGAAUCUGAUGUAUGGAGUUUUGGAGUUGUUCUAUGGGAAAUUUAUAGUUAUGGUUUACAGCCAUAUUAUGGAUAUAAUAACCAAGAAGUAAUCGAUAUGAUACGUUCACGUCAAUUAUUACCAUGCCCUGAAGAAUGUCCUGCAGUGAUAUACAGUCUAAUGCUCGAAUGUUGGUCAACAAACCGUAGACCACAAUUUUCUGAGAUACAUCAACGGCUACACAAUUGGUCAAGUAAACUUUGUUAAAAAUUAUGUUUUCUUUUCAUUUCUUCACGCAAAUAAGAAGAAAAUAAACAUUCUUCCUAACUUCAAUAUUUUUUAAGAAAAAAAAAUCAAUUACUAGUCAUAUUAAUUUAUUUAAUUACGAUAAGAUAAAAAUUUGUUAGUAAAGUAUCAAUCUGAGAAUAUUUACAACUAUUUGUAAAAUGUUGUGUAUAGCAAUAUUAUAUAUUUAUAUUUAAAAUUUUUAUACCAGUGAAUAUGAAAUGUAGAUGUACAUAAUAUUAGGUAUAUAAGACAUCUUAAUUGUAUUCUAUCUAAGACUUGUGUAUGUUUGUGAGGUUGUUUUGUACUCCAAAGAAUUUUAUAAUUUUAAACUUUAUUUGUAAUUUUUUACAAUACAUUUUUUAAAAGUCUGAAA